AUGGACGGUACCGACGAGGAAGGAUCUCCAACAAAGCUACUUGCUGUUUUUGUUGCAUCAACCACGCAAGAGAUAAUCACUUCUGAGAUUGUGAACAAGUUGAAAGUGCUGUUCUUGGAUUACCUCGGAGUUUCUGCUUCAGCCGCCUUCCGUGCCGAGUCUAGUCAAAAAUUCCUUUCAGCAAUGGAAAACUUUGCAGGGUCAGUGGGUGGGAAAGGCACUGUAUUAACGAAGGGCUCAACGUUUUUACCACAAUAUGCGGCCCUACUCAAUGGUGCAUGGUGCCACACUUACGACUUUGAUGACACCCACGCCAAAGCAGUUCUGCACCCGGGUAGCAGCGUGAUCUCAGCUGCGUUGGCUGAAGCUGAGACGAUACAUUCAUCGGGAUCGGACUUUUUGUUAGCUUUGGCAGUGGGAUAUGAAGUGGCCUGCCGUCUUGGAAAUGCGCUGGGUCUCGGUGGAUAUCCUCGAGGUUUUCAUAAUACGGGCACCGCUGGCCUUUACGGAGCGAUAGCAGCGGUGUGUAAGCUCCGGAAGUCUUCGCAGCAGGUUGUGGAAGAUGCGUUUGGCCUGGCAGUCUCAAAGGCCGCCGGAUCUAUGCAAUUUUUGGAAAAUGGCGCCUGGAACAAACGCCUACAUCCGGGGUUUGCAGCCCAUGAUGCACUCUUAUGCGUUGCACUUGCCUCAGCGGGGGUUAUUGGGGCCACGAAGCCAAUUGAGGGUAAAUAUGGACUUCUUCACAGUUAUUCUGAGAAUGCAGAUUGCUCGCGAUCGCUAGAUGGCCUAGGCCGCGAGUGGAUAUUCCUUGAAACGGCUUGCAAACCAUUCCCAGCCUGCAGGAUGACACACGGACAAAUUGAGAUGGCCGCAAAUAUGCGCAAGGAGUACGAACGUCAUGGCAUACCGGAGCAAAUUUUGAUCAGCUUACCAAAAUCGUGCUUCCCCGUUGUGGGUAAUCCUGCCGCCAACAAGAUCAAUCCACAAUGCAUCGUCGACGCCCAGUUCAGCUCUUAUUUUCAGACUGCGGCAGUGUGGCUCUACGGAGAUCAACUUGGAUGGGAGAUUUACGAGAAAAUUCGCGACCCAGCGGUACAAGACUUGUGCAGGCGGAUUAAUUGUCAAAUUGAGGAGUCAUACGUGGCUCUUGAAUCCAAGGUGAAGAUAACGUUCAAAGAUGGGCUGGUGGUUGAAGGCGAAAUCAUCUUUCCCAUAGGAGAGAAAGAACGUCCUUUUGAUUGGGAGAAAGGGGUGAGGCGAAAAUUCAUGGGGCUUAGUGAGCCUGUGUACGGCAAGGAAAGGUCCGAGGAAGUAUGCAAAUUGGUCGGAAGUCUUGAGGGUACUGACGUACCAUCUUUGAUGAUGCUAGUGAAAUAA